AGAUUGCUGAAAUAGAGGGAAUACAGAGAACAUAUACGGCAUACAUAGACACGAUAAAACACCUAAAUUAUUGGGAUCGUCUCAAAGCUCUCCAAAUGUACUCACUAAAAAGGAGACGAAAGAUAUCAAAUAGUAUACACGUGGAAAAUGCUGGAGGGCCAGGUCCCAAAUCUACACAGUAAAAUGACAACGUACUGGAGUGAACGAUAUGGAAGAAAAUGUAGAAUAGAACCAGUGAAGAGCAGGGGUGGCAUAGACACAAUCAGAGAACACUGUAUAAACAUCAGACGUCCACGGUUGUUGAACAUCCGCCCAGCAAGAAUAAGAAAUAUUGCCGGAACAACCGUGGACUUCUUCAAGAGAAAACUAGAUUGUUUUAUUUAAGAAGUGCCGGACCAAUCGGGCUGUGGUGGGUAUGUGGGCCUGCGGGCCGCUCCAAGCAACAGUCUGCUGGACCAAGCUCUCACAAGUCAAGCCUGGCCUCGGGCCGGGCUUGGGGAGUAGAAGAACUCCCAGAACCCCAUCAAGCAAGCAGGGCACUAGAUGGCUUUUACGUUUUAGUUAGGGACCGAGUUUUUGGUUUUGCUACUCAGUGUUCUCUGUGCGGGGGCGAGGCCGGUGCUUGUCACCCCUGAGGGACUCCUGGAGCUCCCCAAUCAUCAGCCUGUCUGUGUAUUUAUUUGCCGCGAAGCAUAUUACUUUCCGCUAAUAAGCGUCAUUCGUUUCGCGAUUAGGCCUUAUGGGUACGCCGAGGUGCAUCCGCUAUCACGAUCGCCGUCGCCCCUAAAUUCGCAGCAACAACACUCACAGGAUGAGUGGCGCUGCCCAAUAAACUCGCCCUUCGGAACAAUAUUUAAAUUAAAAUUUAAGAAAGUACACUGGGUUGUGAGAGUACAUAAUAUCGGUGUUCUUACAUCCUUGCAAAGCCACUACCACACAUAGCGUUUCGUGUAGCGGUGCUCGAAGCGGUGAACUAUGUAGUGAUGGUACUGCUGCUGUGGAUGACUGCUGGAGUGUGGUGGUGCUUGUCUACAUCCUGAUUGACAUAAUGAAUAAAUAAUAUUUGUAAUAUAUUAUUCAUGUUAGGAUUUCUUAGUAAAUAAUCUUUAUCUAGUCCUUUGGUAUCUGAGGAAGUAAACGCCAACGUCCAGAGAGUCGACGUGAGGAAACUUCUUAUGAGGUUGUAAGAGGCACGGACACCCAAAUACACGCGGAAAUAGCGAUUCGGCUUGCAGUAAAUUGAAAUACUAUUCCGCAUAAAACUAAAACUGGCCACCACAGCAACACAGUGUGUCAACUUAGUGUGUAUUAACAUAAUGCACAUCAGUGGGAGAUUGAAAUAAGAAUAUAAAUGUGCCUCUUCCCUUGUUAACUUAUCUAGGAUGCUUGGUUCCACCUGGUAUUAUGUAUUAAGUUCCAAACCAAUGUAUUACACGAAUACUGAAAUGUGUAUUAUUAUUAUUAAUAAUCAUACUAUUACUGUUUCUAGUAUUAUUGUAUGUGUACAUUUUAUUGCAGCAAAUAUCAAUAAUAUUAACAUAAGCAGCAAUUAAAUGUACACAUACAAUCAAAUGUAAACACACAAUAAGAGUUUUCAGGUUAAUCAACAUAUCUGCAACAAAGAUAAUUACUCUUGGGUAAUUGGACUAAAUCUUAGAAGAAAAUAAAAAGGUUAUUUAUAACUGUGGAAGUGGUGUUAUAGUGGUGUUAUCAGGGGUUAAGAUAGCGGUAGGCGCCUGCGCAGUGAUGGUGGGCGCGGACCCGCCAAGCUAAUAUUUAACCCUCCCCAGUUCUGAGAAGCCGCAGGAAAGAGGAGAAAGCAGUUGUUGAGAAAAGAUGGAGGAGACAGCUGUUGAACUUGUAACACCUAUCAUUACAUGGAUACAUUUCCAGUACUCGUCCGAGGUCGUCGUCCUGACAUCUAUCUGCAAUUUCUUUACGUGUUUUAUAGGAACUUUCGGGAAUGUGAUGGUGAUGGUGGUGAUGUUGAGCUCCAAGAAGCUCCGCAGCAACCACAACACGGCCUUCAUGGUCAACCUGGCGCUCUGCCUCAUCCCUAUAUGUUGCUACACCUUACCCUUGGUGGUCGCUAAGAUCAUGGAAGGUCCCGCGUACACCGACAGUCUCACAGUUAAGACCAUGGCGAUCGUCUACGUUAGUCAUGUGAUACUCCAUCAGGUCCACAUUCUGAGCAUCUGUAUCAUGGCUGUUAACAGGGUCGUGGCGCUGAGGUCCCCAGUGGUCUUCAGGAGGAUGCUGAGGUCGUCUGUAGUGGCUCUGCAGCUGGUGCUGAUCUGGGUCUCCUCAGCCAUCCUCUGGCUCCCUCUGAUUUUCAUCGAAAUUAAUUUCGACGCAUAUGCUCUGACGAUCAACAUCGAGAACAAUGUUUUGCGGAAGUUCCACAUUCUAAUAACCUACUUCAUACCUCUAAUUGCCACCAUCAUCUGUUACGUCUUCAUCUACGUGAAGCUGCGCCAGAGAAGGACAGGCAUGAGUGAACUGCAGACUAGAGAAGGGAACAUGGCAUCUGCCUCAGGCGAGGCGUCUGCCUCAGGCGAGGCGUCUGCCUCAGGCGAGGCGUCUGCCUCAGGCGAGGCGUCUGCCUCAGGCGAGGCGUCUGCCUCAGGCGAGGGGACUCUCUCAGCAAGCGAGGCCACCACAGCUGAGACGGUGGGAUCCUGUCGCAGAUGGGAAGAAGAAGCCUCCAGGAGCGUCUUCAUCAUCUUUAUCAUCUUAGUUGUGUGCAGUUUGCCACACACCAUCAUCCACUUCGUCUGUUAUUGUGUUCAGCCAAUGAGCUGUGAUCAACCAUUCUAUGAUUGUCUAGACGCCUGGCUCCUCAUUCACACUCUACAAUGGCUCCAAUUCUGCCUGGACCCGAUAGUGUUUGUUGUGGUUAGCGCGGAGUACCGCAAGGCCGUUCUUCAGUGCCUCCGGCGUUUGUCCCGAACUCUCACCUUCCGCAGUGACCAAAUGAGACACCAGUAACCCAACUGGUUCAUAAAUACCCAGCCAAAUGAGGCGAAUUUACUCUCCUACCUCAUUCGUCUACGGUAAGAACUAGGGUAAGGACCGGUCCAUGGAUGCAUUCACUCCUCGACACUUAUGACCCUUGAACUGUGAGAGGUCAAACUCAACCUUGCGGGGCAACUAUCCUGAACAAGAUACAGAAAUAAGACACAAUAAGGCGGCUGAAACCAACCAACACCCAGACGAAGAGGAAAGAUAUUGACAAUGUUUUACCUUUAUCAAGUCGCAACUAGGAUGAGAGGGGACAGUACUAGGAUGAGAGGGGACAGUACUAGGAUGAGAGGGACAGAACUAGGAUGAGAGGGACAGAACUAGGAUGAGAGGGACAGAACUAGGAUGAGAGGGACAGAGCUAGGAUGAGAGGGACGGAACUAGGAUGAGAGGGGACAGAACUAGGAUGAGAGGGACAGAACUAGGAUGAGAGGGACAGAACUAGGAUGAGAGGGGACAGAACUAGUAUGAGAGGGACAGAACUAGUAUGAGAGGGACAGAACUAGGAUGAGAGGGACAGAACUAGGAUGAGAGGGACAGAACUAGUAUGAGAGGGACAGAAUUAUGAUGAGAGGGACAGAACUAGGAUGAGAGGGACAGAACUAGGAUGAGAGGGACAGAACUAGGAUGAGAGGGACAGAACUAGGAUGAGAGGGACAGAACUAGGAUGAGAGGGACAGAACUAGGAUGAGAGGGACAGAACUAGGAUGAGAGGGACAGAACUAGUAUGAGAGGGACAGAACUAGUAUGAGAGGGACAGAACUAGGAUGAGAGGGACAGAACUAGGAUGAGAGGGACAGAACUAGGAUGAGAGGGACAGAACUAGUAUGAGAGGGACAGAAUUAUGAUGAGAGGGACAGAACUAGGAUGAGAGGGACAGAACUAGGAUGAGAGGGACAGAACUAGGAUGAGAGGGACAGAACUAGGAUGAGAGGGACAGAACUAGGAUGAGAGGGACAGAACUAGGAUGAGAGGGACAGAACUAGGAUGAGAGG